UACGCGCUGCGCCCCGUCUGUGGUGGCUGCUGGUUUACAGAGCAGUGUCGGUGCGUUUAAGUGAAGUGCUCUCAAGAAGCUAGCAAUAGAAACGUUCACCCGUUGUUCUAAUCUCCUCAGUAUGGUCCACUCCAUCUCACAGCGAGUGUCCUCGGCGCGGCCAGACAAGUGUCAGAAACAUCACAAAACAGGAAACAUGUUUGCAGCUUUAAAGUAUCACUCAAUAGACUAUUUAUAUGAGAGCAUAGCAAGGCAAAAGUAUUCCAUCCGUAGAUUAUCACUUUGUUUUCCUCCCCAUUUACAACAACAUGAAAAGUAUCAUCUGACUGGACUUUUUACUCAUGAUAAGUAUAGGACACCCUGGACAAGAAUUACUUCAACACAGAACAUGAUUGCUGUUACAGUGUUGGAUCAAUGGAAGAAGAGUUUAUCUGUGGAGGAUUUCCUGGAAAAGAAACCUAUCAGUUCUGUAGGGUUCUAUUUCAAUAAUGAAGUAAUAGCAAGUUCAAAUCCCAUCUCUCAGAUUGACACAGAAGCAUAUUAUUUACUCGAGAAAGUUGUCUGUGAGGAAGCAUCAACUCAAGAGAAAUAUUUGAAGAUCGACUGUGCUACUGAACUUAAGGAACAGUGGCAAGAUGUACAUGUUGGAGAUGAAUUUGUUUUUGUUGAUAAUCUGAAAAACCUUCAUCAAAAACUUCCUAAUUUAUCUACACUUCUGGGCAGAUUUAAAUUUUUUCGUGUGAGAGAUCCUUUUUUAGUUUCUGAAGGAGAGAAUUUAACAGAAGAGAGCAUUUUUAGGGAAUGUUUGACUUUCCGAAAUGAAAUACAAAUGCAGGAGAGUAAGAAUGAAUUUCAAGGAAUUAAGGAGGACUUCUGUAAAAUAACAUUAGAAGAUAAAGAGUAUUUCAUGUUGCCUUUUGAGUUAGAAUUCUGCAAAAGCAGCAACAGCAAAUCAGAUUCCCAUAAGAUUCCAUCAUAUUUGGAAUUGAAGGAGUUAUUAAAUUUAGCUCCAGAAAAUAUGGCUUAUGAAAAUAUGAGUGAAGAGGUAAUCAAAGAAGCUCUCAAAGAAAAAGUUGUGAACAAAAUGGAAGUUGCCAAAUACUGUCCUACUUCAGUGGUUAACUCCAGUAACAGCAUAAACAUGUUGGAAAUCUCUGAAUCAGCCAAUCACAUCUCAUAUCUGAAAGAUGAAAUGGAAGUACCUUUAACUCCUCCGUGCAAACAACAAAGAUCAAGGGUGAAUUUUCUCUGCAUAGGACUUCAAGAAGAACUUAAUCCUCUUUUUGAUAACAGUAUUUUGAUUACAGAGCCCUCUAGGGAACACUUAGACUCUUUAGUAUGGCAAUCAGAGAAGUACUGGGAAAAUGAGAGCUCUCUUUUACUUGUCGAGUAUCAGAGCUUUAAACUCGAAUAUCGGCGCCAUUCUCUCACAGAACUAAAGAAAAUGCUAUCAGUUGAUGUAGAAACACCAGUGCUUAUCUCACUAGAGAAGGACUGGUGGCUUCAUAUGGGAUUAGAUCUGAUCUGCGUUGAUACUUUGGAGCAAUUUAAGAGGGAUUCCAGUAAUACAAACAAUUUGCUUUCUACAGGAGUAGAAACAUUCACACAAUUUCCUAUACAUCAGUUAGAAAGAUGGCCUGAAGAAAAGAAUUCCCUGUCAGAUCAGGAAUUGCUUUCUAGUGAAAGACAUCAGAUGGAUGAAGUAACCGAUCAUGGCAUGUCACCUCAGACAAAGAUGCAGCACUUUGGUCUGCCUAUAAGUGCUGCAUCUUCUCUCAAAAUAGACAAAACAAAUACAUCUCUGGAAAAUGUUACUGCAGGAAAUAUACAAAAGAGAAAGACAGAAGAACCUGUUUAUCUCUUAAACCAAGAAGAGAAGACAGACCCAUUACUUGUGUCUGUGAGUUGUAAAGAUAUGCCUUUUAAACAUCACAACUCUUCUGUGGGUCAAAAGCUCACAUCGUUCACACUUGAUUCAAAAUGGGACAAUGAUGAUUCUGGUCUGAACAACUUUAUAAUGCUAAGGUGUAAACACACAAUCACUCAAAGACAGGGAAAAAAUGAUGUAGAUCAUCCUGAAAAAGUGCUGCAGCCUGAAGAACUACGUGUACCUGAUCACAAAGAAGACAGUUCUGUUUGUGAUCCUGCAAGAUCAGAGAAAAAAGAGCAAGAGAAUUACAGCAGUAUCAUAGUCAAAAUUCAAGCAUCAGAAAGCCAGUGCCAGUCAUACUGUCUGCUGAAGGGAGCAGCUACUUCUGCUUUAAAAGAUUUGACACAUCUGGGUGUACUUGCUUCUGUAAGUUGGAGCUUUGACAACAUUAAGUUUGAUCACACAAAAUUUUUCCUAAAACAACAGGAGAAGGUGAUAUGUGAUCGUUUUAAAGAAGGUAAAGUAGAUGAGAAAGAGAUCAUGCUGUUCAGGCAUGCUGCUCUGGUGCAUCUGCUGGUGACAUGUCGAGACCUUCUGUUAACAUGUGGCUUGGACACAGCUCUAGAAUAUUUGUCUAAAGCAAAAGAUAUCUAUAAAAACAUCUUAGAAUCCUGUUUGAAUAAUAUCUGGAGGCAGCUGAAGAUUGUACAGUACAGCAGCCAGAAAAAGCAUGAAUCCAGUCCCAGAUUAGCAGAGCUUCAGUGUCGAAUGUUAGAUUGGAUGCAAACUUACACAGAGGAACACAGUGUUAAGAUACUAAUCAUAUUAAGAAUGGACUCUGAGAGAGAAAAAGCAGCUCUCAUUCACACUGUAUCUAGACUAGAAGGUUUAAAAGCUAUUGAUUUGGAUUCUGAGAAAAAGGGAAAGAUUCUGGGAUAUAAAGAUAUCAUCAGCAAUAGAUAUGCCUGUGUUAUUAUACAGAAUCAGAACAUUGGAGCUGACUUCCCCUGGAGACUCUUCUCAUUAGUGAUAGAAUAUGAUUAUUCUGAAAACUCUUGCUGGAAAAAAAUGUGUGAAAAUCUAAAUAUUACAUACAUGACUUUUAAAACCAUCCUCCCUGUAACAGUGCAAAUGGGAAAUCAGUGUGGCUCUUCUCUUCUGGAGGUACAGAUUCCUUAUGUGUUUCUCACCACUGAAGGUCUUCUUAACAUGCCAGAUUUUCUUCAGCUUUUGGAAUCUAACUACAGCAUUACUUUUGUUGAAAGAAGCUGCAGUUACUCCUUAAGGCUACUUGGAGAUACAGACCAAUAUGUUGUGUUGACAGUGGAUGAAUGUACUGCUAUCUUCUUGCAGAAUAUGGAUGAAUUAAAUCAUGAGAAUUCCUGCGACAAUGUAAUAUUGAAGCUGAUAGCAUUAUCACUCCAGUAUACAUGCUGUUGGGUUGUUUUCUGCUCCAGAGAAAGACUAAGUUUGGAAUACAGUCUCAGGGGAGAUACUCUUCUCAGCCUUGUCUUAAUUUAUGCCACUUUAAUAGAAUUUACACAGAAGACAGAAGACUUUGAAGUGAAGGUAGUUCUUACACCAGGGAUUGAAGAGGCAGCACUGCUAAUUCGUCAAAUAGCUGACAACAUUUUGAUGACAUCUGCUUUCAGUCCUCAUGAAUGGCUGGACAAAUCUUGGCUUUCAGUCUUGCCAUCUGAGAUGGAGAAAUGCUUGCUUACUUUUCCUUGUAUCAACCCUCUGGUUGCUCAGCUGAUGUUAAAGAAGGAAUCUUCUUUGAACAGGCUCUUUCUGGCAAGCUUUGAUCAACUUCAGGAAUUACUACCAGAGGUUCCAAAAAAAGUUCUAAAGCAUUUUAGUGACAUUACCUCUUCGUACAGCUUAAAUGCUGCUGCUCCACUGAAAACAACAGUGAAAAGUUCAUCACUUCCAGAAAACUGGAAUACCUUUAAAAGACUCUAUCCAGAUUAUAAACAAAAUUCUCAGUCUUUAGAGUUGCUGCCUAAGGCACAAACCAGCACAGGGCCAUCUCAUGUGAAUUCUGAAGACACAUUUCUUCCAUUGAAACAUAAUCCAGGUUUUAUCAACACUGGCCUUUCAAGCUAUAUGCAUAAGAGACCUUGUUUUUCAGAAGUAGCUCCAGAGAGGAAACAGAAUUUCUUUGUUGUACCAAAGGGCUGUGGAGAUUUUGCUCGUCUAAAUGCUAUGAAUUCUUUUUACAUUAAAGGUCAGGCUUUCAGGACACACUCUAUCUCUGAUCAUUCCUCCAAAAACUCUGAAAAAGGUUUUUUUACAACUUUCAGUGACUGUGUACCUCCUGACAGCUCUACAGCUUUUCUGGAAGAAUUUAGAGGCACAGCAUUUAAGAGCCCAGAAAUUCAGAUUUAUGAGACUUCAUGGAAUGACUUUUCAUCCAUUUGCACAUACAAUUCAUUUGCACCUAACUUAAUUCACUCUGAUUCCCUUGUUGAUCCAGAUGAAAUUCAAACUCUGUGUUUCCAAAACCAAGGUCGAGAACUUUCAGGAAGGAAAAAGCAAAGUCCACCAUUCUUAGGGGCAAAAGGAAAAAAAAUAUCAGAUUCGGGAUUUGAAGAAGUACCAAGAUUUAAAAAAAGGAGAUUGAUGUAUGAAAGAGUACCUGGAAGAGCUGAUGGACAAACACGUCUUAAAUUCUUUUGAAUUUAAUAGCGACUUGCAUGCCACAUCUUUUUUUUUUUUUUCUUCCCAAUCCUUAAACCAUUUGAGUGGAAAUUUAUUACAUUUUUUUGUUGUUGUUAUUGUUCAUUUUUAAAUGGAAAAUAGUGUUUGGGAUUUCUGACUAAAUAAGGAUUUCUUUUUCAGUUCUCACUAAACAAACCAGUUCCUCUAAGCAGGAGAAUUACUGAUGUAAACACUUAACUGUUUGUUCAUAUACAUUGUAUAAAGUUACCUUGUCAUUUCUUUAUUUAAAAAAAAGAAAAAAGAAAUAACAUGCUAAAGUAUGUUGAGUUUUCAAGCAACCUAUGUUUCUUUCCUGAGCAUGCAGGCUUCCAUGUUUUACAGCAGGACUGUAUUUGCCUUUAUCUCAAAACUGAUGAUAAAGUCUUAGAAAUUCCUUGCGUAUGAAGCAAGAGAUCUUUCUGUUUGUCCUUUGGGUUCAAUUCCACUUCAUUCCUUCUGACAGCUCCUCUGGGAGCCCUGUGAUAAGUUCCUUCAUGGCUUGAGUGUGGCUUUAGUAAUAAUCAAUCUUCAGAAACAACACACUUGUUAUAUGGACAGCACAUGAAAGACAGUUGAAGUUUAUGAUUCUCAUAGAUUUGAUUCAGAAGAUAACGCUGUGGCUUUAUCUUUCCACAUAAUCUAGUGGAGGCUGUUUGUUGAUGUACCCAUUUUUCAGCCUGCUACACUGCUUCUGUGUGAAAGAAGAUGAGAAUCAUCUAGGAGACAAUACCAGAAAUUCUAGGCUACAGCAAGAAAGCACAGGAGAUUAGACAACAAAAAGAAGAGAGGAUGUGUCCGACUCCCCAUUCUCCAUCAAAAGAUUUGACAACAGAGCUAGAAAUAUUUGUGGAGGCAGUGGUAGAGAGUAACUCCAUGCUGCUGCUGGCAUUCAUACUCUGCCAGCUUCAGAAAAUUAGUGUCUGUUCAGUGACUUUCAUUCAGAUGAGUCAGUUUUCAAACUUGCUUUUUUUGCUUUUUAAGUUUAAUACAGUAACAGAAAAAAAAAUGUAUGUAUGGUUCAGACCUGCAGUAAAAUAAUUUAUUGAUAUUGAGUCUUCAUUAAGCACAUGUUCAUUAUCUGGAUAAAUACAGCCAGUUCUUAAAGGAGCAGCUUUGGCUUCUCUGAUUGUUAACUGAGAACUCCUAGCAUGUCAGUUCCAGGAGUAAUCGUGGUUCACAGUAAUAUCCACGGGUUAUUUGUAUCCAAACUGUUAGCAGGAUUUCAGAAAAUACUUUUCAUGUGUAGUAUUAAUAAAAUCUUCUGUAGAAUCAUAAAUUUGCCAGUGUUUCCAUGUUUGACCAGUACAAAAUAGUUACUAAAAUAAAAGUUGCAUUUU